AUGGCGAAAACUGGAGAAAUAGGCAACCUGUACGGCAAACCCGACAUAGAACGACUCGGCCUCUUCUCUGAAAUGCCCUACAUGAACGGAAAGGGCUACGUAUCGUUGUUCCCGAAGCCCCGCGUCAACAAAGGACGAAACAUAAUGGGAGAGGGGCCCAAAGUGAAGACCGGCAAGCAGGACUGCUACUUUGAUAAAGAGUUCAAAAGGUUGUUCGUCGGCGAGGCCCUCAAAGGUAGGGGAAUGAAGAAGGCACCGAAGGUGAAGAACGUUUCGGAAAAACCCUUCGUUCCAGCCGGCGAAACGAAACUACACUCGACUCCUGGGGAUCACUACGGUACCUUCGGAGGGAGGAUCGAAGCCUUUGGAAACCUUCGGAGGCCGAAGCCGCCUUACAAGAGAGAACCUAGGAACGCAGUAACGAGCCUCGGAAAGCAAGGAGGCUACGGCUACGCUAACAUAUGCCUGAGUCCUUAUCCUACCCACGAUGCGGACAGGUACGGCGCCAAGCCGAAGUACAAGAUGUACGGCCGAGUGUUGGACGGCCCCAUGCUCACCAAUCACUACCCCCAGCCUUACUUCGAGCGUAAUCCCUUCAAAGACCCGCCCGAUAUAAAGCCGGGGCCUACUUACGUGAGGCCGCAGGAGAAGACGCUGCCUCCCUUACCGCCUGGCAAGUUGGUCCCCACGGGGCCAGCGAAGCUUCCCGGAGGAUGCCACGCCGGUUGCUUUGAUAAGUUUCCGGAGUACAAGCCCGACAAGUAUCUCACUCUUUAUGAAGUGCUUAAGCCGAAGAAACGCACUGGGGGGAAAUUCUAUCCCCAGUCGACUGCCGAGAAGACUUUUUAUACGUGUUCCGUGAUCAACGAGAACUUGAGGUUCAGAGUUAACGCGAAGAACCAUGGCUCUUUCGAACCAACCUACAUAAAAUAUUUGGUUGAUUGA